UGAAUGACGUAGGCGGAAGUAACGCGCCCCCCUGAGCUCAUCCAAACAAACAGCGACGCUGCUCACAUUGGAGGGAUUGGGUUUUGGUUUGGGACAAAAACAAUACAGCUCUGUAUUGCAAUUCUAUUAUUUCAAUAUACAGGACGGAAUAAUCAAGAUGUCCAGAGAGCAGUCACUGGUGCAGCGGGCCAGGAAGGCUUUCCAGACUGGGAAGAGCAAACCUCUGGAAUACCGUCUGCACCAGCUCAGGUGUCUGCACCGCUUCAUCACCGAGAGACGCAGGGACAUAGCAGACGCCCUCAAGAAGGAUCUGUGCAAGAGUGACAAUGGCACUGAGCUGUUCGAGACGAUGUCGUUGGAGGGAGAGAUCAACCUGGCAGUGGAGCGGCUGGCGGAGUGGGCAGCCCCGAAGCCCGUAGAGAAGAACCUUCUCACCAUAGCAGACGAGGUGUACAUCCAGCCAGAGCCCCUGGGAGUGGUGCUGAUCAUAGGGGCCUGGAACUACCCCUGGGCCAUCACCCUCCAGCCCCUAGUGGGGGCCAUCGCCGCUGGUAAUGCAGCUGUGAUAAAGCCAUCAGAGGUCAGUUUCCACUCUGCGAAGGUCAUGGAGGAACUGCUACCCCUCUACCUGGACAGAGACCUGUAUCCAGUGGUGACCGGCGGCGUGUCGGAGACUCAGGAGCUCCUGAAGCAGCGCUUUGACCACGUCUUCUACACCGGGAGCGGCUCGGUGGGCCGUCUGGUGAUGGAGGCGGCAUCCCGCCACCUCACCCCCGUCACCCUGGAGCUGGGAGGGAAGAGCCCCUGCUACAUCGACAAGGACUGUGACCUCAGAGUCGCCUGCCGCCGAAUAACAUGGGGGAAAUUUGUUAACUGUGGUCAGACCUGCAUCGCCCCGGACUACGUCCUGUGUGAACCCAGCAUCCAGAGCAGAGUGGUGGAGGAAAUGAGGAAGUGCAUCAAGGAGUUUUAUACAGACGAUCCAAAGACCUUUGAGGACUAUGGCCGCAUUGUCAACCAGCGACACUUCAAACGGGUCAUGGCACUCAUGGAGGGCAACACCAUUGCUAUCGGUGGAGAAAGUGAUGAGACCGAGUGCUAUAUAGCUCCCACCAUCUUGCGGGACGUGAAGGUGGAGUCCAAGGUGAUGCAGGAGGAGAUCUUUGGGCCGGUGUUGCCCAUCAUCACCGUGAGCGGCGUGGAUGAGGCCAUCCAGUUCAUCAACGAGAGGGAGAAGCCCUUGGCCCUCUACAUCUUCUCCCAUGACAAAAAGCUGAUCAAAAGGGUGAUAGCGGAGACCUCCAGCGGGGGGGUGCUGGCCAACGACUGCCUGGUUCACUUUACCAUCAGCGCAUUGCCUUUUGGAGGAGUCGGCAACAGCGGUAUGGGCCGGUACCAUGGCCAGCACAGCUUCAACCAGCUCAGCCACAUGCGCAGCUGCCUCAUCAAGAAGCUGAACAUGGAGGGGGUGAACAGCAUGCGCUACCCACCGCACACCUCCAAGAAGCUGAGCUGGGCUCGCUUCUUCAUCCUCAAGCAGAUCAACGUGGGCAGGCUGCGACGCCUGGCCAUGCUCACCGUGUUCAGCGCCUUGGCUGCCUUCGUCGUGCAGCGGUUCCUGCGAUGAGCUGGCCCAACACUAGGCAGACAGUCCUUCAGGCCUUGGUUAGACCCUGUAUUGGUGCCAAGGACGAACAGACCACUCUGGACAUCAGCGACAUCAUCAUGCAAUGUCCUCAUACGUUUGGUUCGUGGUUAGCAAGAGCCCCUCCUCCUUCGAGUGGAUGUAAAUGUAGUUUAAUUAAUACUUUUCAUUGUGAAAUAUUCUGCCGUUUAACCUUUAAUUAACCUGGCCAUAUACAAUUUCAUUUGAAGAUGUUUUAAAGGUAACUGACACUAAACUGUACCUCCCUGUCCUAACUAUGCUAAUGAAAUGUUCAGACUGGUCAGUAAAACUGCACAAAUAUAUUCACUCUCAGCAAUAUAAUGUAUAAUAAAUUCCUAUUUUCUGAUUAAAUAUUAUCAUGUAAUAAAAACGUU